AUGCGUCUUCUUGCUUCAGUAUCAACUUUACUCACUGCUCUUGCAGCGGUGACCACUGGGUCAUUUCUAUCUCCUAGAAAAGAGAUAGCAUUGUGUCUCUGCGAAGACGAAGCAUGGGAUAUCACAAGACGAUGGCUCAGCGUCUUCUCAACCCCUGGCGUUUCUAGCAAGGCGGAGCUAGCGACCAUCGUUUCUCAAAAUCUCACGAGCUACGACGACGCAUUUGGGCCUCCAACUAUCGGCAUCGAUGGACUCUGGGCCGCCCUGACAGCACCUGGCAACGCGACGACAGCCAACGUGACGCAGACGCCUAACUUUAUGCUACAUACAUGCGACCAGAUUGCGUACAACUGGCAGUACACCGCCGUUACAAAUGGUUAUAACUCCGCACGACCACCCAAUUACCCUGGCUUAGGCUACGAGAAUGAUGACACUCCUCGCCGUCCUCCUCAACACCGCCAGCCUGACGAUCCACCCCCUCCUGCUUAUGAAGAAGUGCAGUUCUCUCCUACCCAAGAUGAGUAUCGGCGGGUCCCAAUCAUAGAAUCGGUAACAUUUGGCUUGUCAACAUGGCCGGAUAGUGCAGCACCAUAUAUGGCACUUAACAAACACUGGCCGUCAAACCCGGAAAGGAAGAGAAUGGACAUGGUAUAUAAGAUCCGCUACGGCACCAAGAUGUGCGAGUUCAUCCUUUACUGGUACCCGCCUCCAGUCUCACGGUUUCCGGACAGUCGAAGAAGACGGGCGGAGCAGAGAUAUCUAGAGCACUUUGAGGAUCUGUGGAUGGAGUCUCCGACCCCUGAGGCUUCUCCUCACUUCCUCCCAGUGCUCAGACAGCUUGACGCGGCGAUUAUCCACACUAUGAUGUCGCAAGAAAUUCACUUGGAACAGUCAGAUAGGCCCUGGAAGUGCCAGAUCAUUGACCAAUUUGAAGACCCACACCCCCCAAUGCAUGCCAUGGUAUGGACCGAAGGGUGGGCUGACUAUCGUCACCAGGAGGUUCUGGCGGUUGCAGUAUACAAUGGGUCGGACGUCCAUGUCAUCCACGAGGACAGGCCUGGUCAGUGA